AUGAGAGAGGUCAAUUUCAGCAUUCCGAAUGUCAACAAGGCCUCGGUCCACAUCACCACGACUCUCUAUGACCGUCGAGCUCUGGAUUGUACCUCAACCCUCCCUCUCAUCAACUCUCUGAACCAUUUAGCUUAUCUUACCACCUCCUCUGCCCGCAUACGAGACAUUCUGACCGUGGAUGGCGGCAUCGAGCGCCUUGUGUGCAUAUUGAAGGAGGGCAGGAGUAAAGAUGAAAUGCACAUGUGGAAAUGGAACCUUGCAUUCCAAUGCAUCGUAAACAUCGGCGUUCGUGGGUCUGAAAAUGUGCGAACUCGUGUUGUGGAAGCGGACAUGGUCCCCGUCAUCGCCACAAUUCUGUGGGACUACAUUCUGGUGAUUGAAAUGGAGAAAUUGAGGGCGGAUGCUGAACAGGAAAAGCGCAAUGGUUCAAAACACUCCGGAAGUUCCAAAUCGUCCACCUUCAAGCAUUCUCGUGAUCUGCCACAAGAACCUACCGCAAGGACAUCCUUCUUUGAACACCUGAGUGCGACAGCAGAUCUCCGUUCCACCCGCCGUCAAGCUCCCCCUCCAUCACUCGAUCUACCACAGUCUUUCUCGCAGGCGUUUGGUGCAACCGAACCAGGCCCAGCUGAAGGAGCAACAACCCCGGCCGCUGUUUUCACUUCUCCCCCAGAACGAACCGUCUUUCCCCGGCGUGAUUUGCAUCAGCACAAUCGAAGCCAGGAAGGAAGAGGGCCAUUCCACAGAUCCGUCAACAUGCAACCUCCCGCCACUGCCGUGCCCUCGAUGGAUACAUCCGAUGGCUUCUCAUUACGACCUGUCCGCGAAGCAGACAGACUCCCUUCCAUGUUACCACCUCUGAAUACUGGCGUCGCCUCCCAUCCCGACUCCCCUACCACACCAUCUGCACCUAGUCACCGAGGACUCUUGUCCUCUGUCGGCCGUCGAAUGAGAAGGCCAUCCAUUCGUCACCAAAAUUCGACCUCUGACGACCAUGAUGAUGUUGUCAUAGAGGACGUGACUGGUCCCGAGGAAGAACUUCUAGGCCCCGACGGCCAAGUUGAGGGCCAAAGCAGAGACCAAACCCGAGACCAUAGUCCGCACGACCCGCAUGACAUAGAUGAGCGCGAAUCAUUGACCUUGACUCUUCCCCCUCAGCAAGGUCGGGAGGUCGACAAUGUUGAUAUCGCCCAACAGACGCCCAUCGUGGCUGGAAUGGGCCAUCCCUUGGGGCCUGCAGGCCAUGAGGCCAUGGGGGCGUCGCCCAUUCCUGCUGCUCCUGCGACAGCUGCUUCUCCCGCAAUUCCACUUAACGCCUACCCAAAUUUCUUCUUGCGGAAUGCCACUGCUACAGCCGCUUCGACCGCGUUGAUACCCCGCGAUGAGGACGUAUUGAUGGGCUUGCAGUUACUGGCAUAUAUUUCCAAAUACUGUUACCUUCGCCACUAUUUCCAGGCCACCCAUUUGGUUCCCAGGCUUAGGAUCGAUCGAGAAGUCGAGCGAAUCUAUGGAACGGUCCGAGGUUGCGCACCACUUCCAGAACCCACUGAAGAUGAAUAUGAAGAGUUUCUUCAGCCUGACGACUAUAACAUAUUCCCUUUAGUGGAGAAAUUUACAGUCCGUCACCACUCGAAGGAUAUGCAAUACUGGGCAUGCGUGGUCAUGCGCAAUUUGUGCAGGAAAGACGAUGCCCGGGGAGGUAUACGGCAGUGCGCCAAUUACAAAUGUGGGAAAUGGGAGGAGUACACACGGCAAUUUGCGAAAUGCAGACGUUGCCGCCGAACUAAGUAUUGCAGCAAGGUACGUCACGUCAACAUCCCCACGCAGCUUAUGUUGAAAUGGAAAGUGCUGACCUUUCUUGCUAGGAAUGCCAACGCGAAUCAUGGAGCAUGCACAGACAUUGGUGCCACCUCGAAAACGUCUAUCUCAGCCGCCGGUCAAACGCGUAACACUUUUUGGAACUGCAUAGCCGUGGAGUAUCGUGAAGGGAAUAUUGCUUUGGCGUUCUGGGGGUUCUACGGUUUUGAAAAGCAAAGUUUGGGGUUCCUUUUCCAACACUGA